AUGAAGGUGACUUGCUGGAUCCUGGCAGGUUUUUACCUGCUUUUCUGCUGCAAAGCAGAAGAGGGACUGAAUUUCCCCACUUACGAUGGGAAAGACCGAGUGAUCGACCUGAACGAGAAGAACUACAAGCAGGCCUUGAAGAAGUACGACAUGCUCUGCCUGCUCUUCCACGAGCCCGUGAGCUCUGACAAGGUCUCCCAGAAGCAGUUCCAGAUGACAGAGAUGGUCCUGGAGCUGGCGGCUCAGGUCCUGGAGCCCAGGAGCAUCGGCUUUGGGAUGGUGGACUCCAAGAAGGAUGCCAAACUUGCCAAAAAGCUAGGCUUGGUUGAAGAGGGAAGUCUCUAUGUCUUUAAGGAGGAGCGGUUGAUUGAAUUUGAUGGGGAACUGGCCACGGAUGUCUUGGUGGAAUUCCUCUUGGAUCUGCUAGAAGACCCUGUGGAGAUCAUAAACAGCAAGCUGGAGCUUCAGGCCUUUGACCAAAUCGAUGAGGAGAUCAAACUCAUUGGCUACUUCAAAGGAGAAGAUUCUGAACAUUACAAGGCAUUCGAAGAAGCUGCUGAACAUUUCCAGCCGUACAUCAAGUUCUUUGCCACCUUCGAUAAAGGGGUUGCCAAGAAGCUAGGUCUGAAGAUGAACGAGGUGGACUUCUAUGAACCUUUUAUGGAUGAGCCUGUUCAUAUCCCUGAUAAGCCUUACACAGAAGAGGAGCUGGUUGAAUUUGUGAAGGAGCACAAAAGGGCCACCUUGAGGAAACUGCGCCCAGAGGACAUGUUUGAGACAUGGGAGGAUGACAUGGAGGGAAUCCACAUUGUGGCCUUUGCCGAAGAAGACGACCCAGAUGGUUUUGAGUUCCUGGAAAUCCUGAAGCAGGUUGCCAGGGACAACACCGACAAUCCCGACCUGAGCAUUGUCUGGAUUGACCCCGACGACUUUCCUCUGCUCAUCACUUACUGGGAGAAGACCUUCAAGAUCGACCUGUUCAGACCACAGAUCGGGGUGGUGAACGUCACAGAUGCUGACAGCAUCUGGAUGGAGAUCAGAGAUGACGAUGACCUGCCCACGGCUGAGGAGCUGGAGGACUGGAUAGAGGACGUGCUUUCUGGGAAGAUAAAUACCGAAGAUGAUGAUGACGAUGAUGACGACGACGAUGAUGACGAUGAUGAUGAUGAUGACGAUGAUGAUGACGAUGAUGAUGACGACGACGACGACGACUAA